UAAUUUUGCGCCAAGAUUUCGAGCACCCAAAUUUUAGAGCUUCGAACGGCAGCAGCAGGUCGCACCUCACCGGUGUCUCACCCUAAUUCCUUCCCUCCCGAAUCUCGCCGGUCGACUAAUAGUUGGACGAUAGUUGAGCGAUAGUGGGAGGCUUACAAUGGCGCGAAGCAAACUCAAGUCCGCGUUGGAGCGACACAAAGGUCGGGAUGUCAAGCUAGAGAAGCAGAGGAAGAAGGGGAGGGAGGCUCGGAAGAAGAAGGGGGAGAAUAGGCCUGUGAGAGGGGAGAUUGAGGAUGCUGAGGAUGAGGAGGAAGUAGGGGGGGUGUCAUUGCUUGGGAGGGAGGUGAAGGUUAAUGGAAAGGCGAAGAAAAAUGGUAUACCGAAGCUCCCGGAGAGAGACGAGUGGGAGACUGAUGAGAGUGAAAAUGAGGAUGAGAGUGGGGAGGACAACGACGAUGACAUACCGGAGCGUCCAUCGCUCGAUAUCUCAACCCUACUCGAAGACAGCGACAGCGAAGGCAGCUCCUCAGACGACGCCCCGGAAUCCGACCAAGAUCAGGACAGCUCCCCCUCCUCAUCCAAUGAAGAAGAAGAAGAUAUCCCCCUUUCCGACAUCGAAUCCCUAGCUUCCGAAGACAAAGGCGACGUUAUCCCACACCAACGCCUCACCAUCAACAACACCUCCGCUCUCCUCGCCGCCCUAAAUCGUAUAUCUCUACCCUACUCCAAACUGCCCUUCUCAGAGCACCAGUCCAUAACCACCGACGAACCCGUCGAAAUCCCUGACGUUGAAGACGACCUCAACCGCGAGCUCGCGUUCUAUAGACAAUCUCUAUCCGCUGUCAAAGAUGCACAGGCAAAGCUGAAGAAAGAAGGCGUACCGUUCUCACGGCCAGCUGACUAUUUUGCUGAAAUGGUAAAGAGCGAUGAACACAUGGGCAAGAUUAAACAAAAGCUGGUUGAUGAGGCGGCGGGGAAGAAGGCUGCGGCUGAAGCGCGCCGACAGCGUGAUCUCAAAAAAUUUGGGAAACAGGUGCAGGUUGCGAGAAUGCAGGAACGGGCAAAGGAGAAGCGGGAUACGUUGGAGAAGAUUAAUUUACUGAAACGAAAACGCCAAGGCGUCGACCUGACAACAACCCGCGAAGAAGACCUCUUCGACAUCGAACUUGACAGCGCCACCAAACCUACCAAAUCCCCAAGAAUCUCGAAAUCCGAUCCCUUAACCCCUCGUCAUGGGAGCGGCGACAGUAAUUCAAACCCUAAACGCCAGAAAAAAGACGCGAAGUAUGGUUUCGGCGGUAAGAAGCGCCAUGCGAAGAGUAAUGAUGCGUUUUCGAGCGCGGAUACGAAGGGCUUUUCGCAUAGGAAGAUGAAGGGGAAGCAUGGGGGUGGUGGAGGAGUGAGUAAGAGGUUGGGAAAGAGUCGGAGGGUGAAGAGGGUGUGAGGGAGGCGGUAAUUUGGGAUGGCGCGGUAAGGCAUUCUUGUUGCGAAUAGCCAGGCUGAUGUAGGGAAAUUUUUAGUGUGCGUGUUUCGGGUGAGGCUGCUGUCCAUGGG